CAGCAGCACAUGGAUCUGCCUCACACUCCUGAGGUUCCUGACAUUGUAAAUUUUACCCUUUAGGUGCUGGUGCUUGUCACAGUUUUGUUACUUUGGCGCAUAGAGGGUUAAUAAAGCGAAAAAAUGGCUAAUAUAUGUUUAUUGAUUUAUUUUGUAUACAGCUUUUUUCAAUUCAGGGCCGCAGAAAAGCUGGAGCCUAUCCCUACAAUUAGCAGGGUACAGCCUGGACAGGUUGCCACCGCAACACAUGAAGAGGCAAACAACUACUUACAUGAAUACUCACUCCUAGGGAGAACUUAAAAAAGGAGAAUGUAGGAUGACCAAUGGUGGAAGAAAACCGGAGUACCCGGAGAGAAACCAUGCAUACACGGGUGGAACAUGUAAACUCCACACAGAAAGGACAUUGUUUGAACUUCGACCAGGCUCGAACCAGCGACCUUCUUGCUGUGAGGCCACAGUGUCAACUACCACGCAGCUGGCUAAUAUGUGUUGUUUUUCCUUAUUACUAUGGAAAAAGGCAAUCAUCCAGUACACUAAGAAACUCAAAACAGAAGUGAAUUCCAACAGGAGAAUAUUGCAGGAGAUUUUGGUACAUUUUUGAGGGGACCACCUACACAUUUAGCUGUGUUAUUCAUUUCACAGAAAGACAGUCGUUAUAAGUUAUACCUCAUUUUAAAGGCAAUGAAUAAGGCUUUCCAGCGAUGUAUGACACAACACCAAUUGUUUAUUAUCCUCAUUUUUGUGCUAAGUUUAUAUGUUCAAUGAGCAGUCCUGAAACAAGUUGCACAGUUGUGCUGACAACUGUUAGCUUCUGCAAAAAAUCUGGCAACUAUUUUCUUAACUAUUAACUUAACUAUUAACUAUUAUCUUAAAGUUUUAACCAAGUAACUUGUAAAAAAUGUUCUGCCCGUUUUAAAACAAUGUAUUAUGUAAAAGAACCCAUUUGACACUAGGCUGCAUUUCUCUUUGUACCUUAUAAAUACAAUAAGACAUAGUAACUUUGGAUAAAAAUAGGUUAAUUUAUUUACAUAAAACAUUUACAAAAUACACAUUUUCACUGAAAUACAGAAAUAGGUUUUGAGAAAUGAUUGUUUUAAGACAUCAGACUGUAGGCCUUUGAGCAUUGUUAACACGAAGACGUAUGCCCGCCUGGAUCUCACUCUUCACAAAUUCAAUAGGCACAUGGAGUUAAGAACUGAUGAGUGCUUUACAUUCUUUCUGAUUCAAUCUUUUCUGUGUCAGCCCCUGCAGGAAUCAGAGCAGCUCAGGAGCAUCCCCAACAGUCCAGCAUAUUUCAGUCAGUAACAAGAGAAGUGAUCGGGUAAAACGACUCUGAACAAAAUGGGUGGUAACGAUAACAGCAAUGAGCUACAGGAUGUCCAGUUCAUCUGCUCCAGUGGCUGCAGUCUGUCAGGUGACAGCUACCCCGGACAAAGAAGCCAACUUCUCUGCCUGCAAACAGCUUGUGGAGAAAGCUAAGGAACAAGGGGCCUGCAUGGUCUUCUUACCUGAGGGAUUUGACUACAUUGGAUCCAGUCGAGAGGAGACACUGUCACUGUCGGAGAGCCUAAGAGGAAAGACAAUCUCACGAUAUGCCCAGCUGGCCAGACAGUUAGAGAUAUGGCUGUCUCUUGGAGGAUUUCAUGAACAAGGACAUGAGUGGGAGACUGAUCGACGAAUAUUUAAUAGUCAUAUCAUAAUUAAUGAUAAAGGCGACAUCGUUUCAGUGUACAGGAAGUCCCAUUUGUUUGAUGUGGAACUGGCAGAAAAAGGCGUAUCCCUCAAAGAGAGUUCAUUCACCAUCCCCGGACCCUCCCUUGUGUCUCCGGUCCAAACUCCGAUAGGCAAGGUGGGCUUGGGCAUCUGCUAUGAUCUUAGAUUCCCCGAGUUAUCUCUUUCUCUGCAAAGGAACGGGGCUGAAAUCCUGACAUACCCCUCAGCUUUCACUGUAGCAACAGGAGCUGCUCACUGGGAGGUUUUACUCCGUGCAAGGGCAAUAGAGACCCAGUGCUUCCUCCUGGCGGCAGCACAAGUUGGCAGGCACCAUGAGAAGCGCUCCUCAUACGGCCACGCCCUGGCAGUGGACCCCUGGGGCGAAGUGCUCGGCGACUGUGGGGGGGAGGAGCCAGGCAUGGUGUUGGUGGAGGUUGACUUGGAGAAAGUCAGAAGAACCAGGAGGAACAUGCCAGUCCAACAGCAUCGUAGAGAAACUGCUUUCUACCACAGUCUGGACCAAAGCUGACAUUAAUGCAAAGUUCUUGCUUUGAGUCCAAGAAAGAUUUUUUUUCCUUGAAUUAAUAGCUUGCAGAGAAUCCAAACUCAUUAAAUUCUUGAGUACAAGUGGGCAGGUGAUCAAUCUUCAUGUCUUCCCUUUAAAUUUCAUGUUGAUUAUAUUUGUAGUGAGUCUGCUGGAUCACAAAAAAAUGUAAAGAUUGAUAGGAAAGCAGAAAUUAGAAAGACAAAUCAGAAAUAUCAAAUUGAGAUGAAGGAAGAAUUACUGGAAAUGUAAGCUAUCAAAUUAACAUGAAGUUCUCCAGCUUGUGAUGAAAUGCAUGUGGGAUGGAAGAUUGCUGCAGCUGAGAGACUAACCUAAACUUCAUUAGUUGAAACUGUGUCAUGCUGAAAUCACUGUUGUAGAUAAUCUCAUUUUUACAGCCUUUUGCCAACUCUGAUUUAAUUAAGAAAAAUCUACAAAGGCUAAUGCCAUUGUAAAUCUUUCAACGAUGUCACCUAAUCUGACACUACCACUAGAUAACUCUUAAGCCCUGUGUGGCUAUAUUUAUUAUAUUACAUACAUCUUGAAUAAUUUGGGCAUUGUCUAUCGUACUUUGUGGAAUUUUAGGGGG